AUGACUCUUCCCAGGACCAGCUCAGCCACCAGAAGCAUGACUCUUCCCAGGGCCAGCUCAGCCACCAGAAGCAUGACUCUUCCCAGGGCCAGCUCAGCCACCAGAAGCAUGACUCUUCCCAGGGCCAGCUCAGCCACCAGAGGGCCAGAAGAGACCCAGGGGGCCAGAGGAGAACGGGUGGCACUGCUCAACAUGGAACUUCUUGGGUUGCCUAACAUUGGCAACACUUGCUUCCUUAACGCCACCCUGCAAUGCCUCCUGGUCCUGCCAUCCUUCUCAAAGGAAAUCCUGCACCAGGAACAACUCUGGAGCUCCUCCCCCUUCUCCAACCUGCUCAGGUCUCUGUCUGAUGUGCACCGUUCGGGUCGACCUGACAGUGUGGCAAACCAGGCCUCAAAAGCAGACCUCAUGUGGAAGGUCAAGUACUCCUUGUCGGGAUACGAUUUGAAGUAUCUGGGGGACACGCAACAGGACGCACAUGAGUUACUUGUCGAUAUGCUGUGCCAGCUGAAGGAGGAGGGCAUGAUUCUGAAGACACUCGGGAUGAACUAUACCUGCCCUGUUUCCCAGCUGGAGUUCCAACUUGUGUCGGUGCGCACAUGUACCAGCUGUGGGCGCGAGUCGUCUACCAGAGAGGACUACAACCACCUCUCAUUGGACUUCAGCCCUGAGCGCACCUUGCUGAGCAGCCUGGCACUCACUUUCAAAAGUGAAAAGGUUGAAUUCACAUGUGAGGGCUGUAAAGGCCUCCACGCCUCAAAGGUGGAGCAGUUCCACACACUGCCUCUUGUGCUGGUUCUGCAUCUGAAGAGGUUUGGAGGACCUGGGGGGUUGGAGAAGCUGGAGGCUCCUCUUUUGUUUCCUUCGGAGCUGAGGCUCUCCACCCUCUGUGGGGACAUGGUGCCACACCUGCACAGUGCCAGCCCACAGGCCCUCACCAGCCAGGCCCCCAGCAUCCAGGGGUCCAUCCCCCAGACCCUCGCCAGCCAAGUCUCCAGCCCACCUGGAGAGACCAAAGACAGCGCCCUCUUCUGUUCAGGUAGGUCAUGGCACCAUAACACUAUUCUUGCUCCAACAUCACACAAACCACCCACUCCCAAAACGGUCCUGAUGACAGAGAAUCUGGAAGCUGCAAUUUAA